AUGUUAGAGCGGUGGAAGUCUAGCACGCUCUUCAAAGAGGUGGAGCGUCUUUUGCCGAUCGUGGAGCUCCUGAACGAACGAGACUCGAGUGAUAGGCGAACUGUACUGCAGCAGGACGAAAGUACUCCCAGCGACCAAGCACCAGAGGGCUAUUCGAAUGUUGCUGCUCCUUGGCGAAUACAAGAGCACGGACUCGAUGACGAAGAGCUGCUGCCAAGCCAUUUUCCUAGUAAUAGCGUUGAGCAGAAUAUCAGCACAGAGGGUGGCUCGUUGGUGGACGAGCCGUCACAAAGUCCGAUACCCAACACACCCUGCAGUGAAUCACGAGCCAAGUUGGGAACUGCGAAUGUUGUCGGGGGCAGAGCAAACUUUCCUAGAUUACCGCAAGUUUUGAUCUUGCACACUUUGUUCGCCACCGCCCUUGCCAUACUCCAGUUACGAGCCAAUAUUGGAGGGUCUUGUACGAUGUUGCUGUCUCAGACAAAUUCUGCUGAAACACAUGGCACAUUGCCAACUCACAUUCUACGCCUGCUUCAAUGCUAUUCAAAAGCCUACAGUGUGGCCACCAUCGCCCCUGUGCUAGAGAUUUCAGCCACGUCUGCUGCUCGCCAUUGUGCACUACUUGGAACCUCACGAAACAAGAACUACGAGGCAGAUUCCACAGUUCUCGAGGGCCUGAAAACAAUGGUGUCUCAACUUCAGAGUGUUUUUACUGACAAUAGGAGGUCGAUGACAAAAGCUCCUGCUGUAGCGCCCUACUCCGAAGAAGCUUUGAGAGACCGGAUGCCGGGAACCACCAAUGCCCUGAAUCACCAAGGCUCCCCUUUCCUGCUCUCCCAUGAGGCAUUUCCGACUGUGGGGACGACUCAGCCUCCUGCGGUGCAUUGUAGUGGAAACAUGGCAUCAGAGUCUAGCCAGACCGGUUUAGUAGGGCACGAGUCUUUUGUACACCCAUCGCUGGCCAACGCAAUGCCACCCAAACCAGCUCGUAGCGGCAUGUCCUCCUUCAUCCCGGGCAUAGACACAUCGACAGGGCUUCUCAGGUCGCCGGCCAACUCAACUGGGCCAGAAGAGCUCGACGAAGAGCUCAUGGGAGACAUGGAUUGGUUUUUCAGUGAGAUAGAUGGGCUGGGCGGGUCUGAAUUGAUUGACAAACAGCCACAAUUCUCACGUAACCUGGGGUUUGCUCCCAGCGCUACACCUGCCGAAGUGAGACGCCUUUUUAAUCUGCCGGACUUAAUUUUGAACCCCGGCUCGGGCUAG